CUACUUUAUGCAUCAUAUCAAGGCGAUAUUGAGAAAGUACAACACUUGAAUGUAAAAGGGGCUGAUGUCAACGUUCUGGAUUCUAAAAAUCGCUCCCCUCUUUUUAAGUCUUUAUUUAAUCCACACGAAGAGGUAGCGUUAUUUCUCAUUGAAAAUGGAGCAGAUAUAAAUAUAGAUGAUCGUGAUGGCGACUCUCUACUUAUGCUGUGCGUCAUAAAAAGAAGUUUCAUAAUAGCAAAUACUCUUAUCAACAGAGGGUGUGAUAUUCAUUGUCGAAACAAAUUCAAACGCAAUGCCCUUCAUCUCGCCGCCUAUGUUGGGCAUCUAAAAUUGGUAAAAAGUAUGGUACAAAAAGGAGCCGAUGUGAAUUCUUUAGAUCAGAGACAACAAUCACCUCUUUUGAUUGCUUUAUUCAAUCAGCACGAAGAUAUAGCGUUGUUUCUCAUUGAAAAUGGCGCC